AUGGCGACCGCAGAGAAGACAAAGCAAAAAGCUCCUAUCCAACAGGAAGAGGACUACUCUUCCGGGGAUGACUAUGAGACUGAUGACUACGAGCUUUCAGAGGAAGAUGAACCUCAAUCCCAACGAGCACAUCAACAGAAACAGCCUCGACGGCAGCGACAGCAGCAGCUACAGCAGCUACAACGAAGACGGCAAGAUGAUGAGACUGAUGAUGACGAUUAUUCCUCCGAUGAGCUCUAUUCGGACGAAUACGACGACGACGACAAUUAUUAUGACGACGGCGCUAUACAAAACCGGUCCGUACAGCCAUACCAGUCAGGCGGAAAGUCGAUAACCAACAAUAAUGGCACCAAUAGCACCAUCACCAACGGAGGCAUGGACGUCAUCGACAAAAAGAAGCCGAGUAUAGACGAGGAGGAGGGAAUGAAACUCAAGUUGGAGUUGAAUCUCGACAUCGAGGUCGAACUCAAGGCACAUAUCCACGGUGAUCUAACCUUGGCUUUGAUGUAA